UCCCGAAAAUAAUAACGUCGCCGCCCUUCUCUUUUAUUAAUUUUUCUCUUUUCUCUCCAGCUUCAUAUCAACCAUAGCAAUCAAUCGAAAACACCAUGUUACGAUCGUUUAUGCGAUCUAAUAGUACGAUUUAUGCCCUUUCGAGUGCGCCAGGGAAAGCAGGUGUUGCGGUCAUUCGUGUGUCCGGACCGCAAGCCAAACAGGCUUUAACAGCGACGGUUCGAGGCACGCUCACACCACGUCAAGCAUAUUUUCGACGAAUACGGCAUCCUGUCAAGGGCACUCUAUUGGAUCGUGGUCUUGUUUUGUGGUUUCCUGGUCCACAUAGCUUUACUGGUGAAGAUUCCGUCGAGUUCCAUGUUCAUGGUGGAAACGCAGUGGUACGCAGUAUGCUUGACGCGCUUGGCUCUUUGGACAAGUUUCGACUCGCCGAACAAGGCGAGUUUUCAAAACGAGCAUUUGACAACGACAAGCUGGAUUUGACUGAAAUAGAAGGUCUGGCGGAUCUGCUGAAUGCGGAAACAGAAGCUCAACGACAGCUGGCACUGAGACAGGCAGAAGGUGGAUUAAGGAAGCCUUACGAAGAAUGGCGAAGCAAAAUCAUCAAGUGCAUGGCAGUAACAGAAGCUGUGAUUGACUUUGGCGAGGAUGAGCAUAUUGAAGAUGGUGUAUUAGACCAGGUUUCCGAGGAUGUGAUGGACUUGAAGAACGCAAUACAGAGUCAUCUCAACGACAGUCGCGUUGGAGAGAUAGUACGCAGUGGUGUACGUGUAGCGAUUGUUGGUCCACCAAAUGCUGGCAAAAGUACAUUGCUCAAUUUCUUAGCCAAAAGAGAAGCAGCAAUCGUAUCCGAUCAGCCUGGUACCACGCGCGACAUUGUCGAAGUUACCUUAAAUCUUGGUGGAUACCCAGUCAUUAUCAGCGACACUGCAGGCCUACGAAAAUCAGACGAUGCGAUCGAAAUGGAAGGUGUAAAACGGGCAAUGUCACGUAUGGAUUUGGCAGACAUCAAGAUUUGCUUACUACCACUCACAAAAAAUGAAAUUGAACCAAUUGUCCAGCAGGUACUGGACCCAAGCACCUUUGUGAUAUUAACCAAGCAAGACGUGGCCUCUACCACAGUGGAGAAGCAAGUAAAAGAACAAUUGCAUCAAGCAGGCGUUCAAAAAAUUUGGACGUUGAGCUGCAAGACAGGGCAAGGCGUGGAUUGCUUUUUAAAUGAUAUGAUUGGCGUCUUGAAAUCAACGUUCGAUGAUGCAUUAGCGAAUCCAGCGUUGAUCACACAGGCGCGUCAUCGGCAGCACUUGCAAGACUGUGUGGCUGCAUUGGAACAGUAUUUAGAACUGCCUGCAGAAGAGGUGGUUCUGGGCGCAGAGGAACUGCGUCAAGCAGCGAAUGCACUGGGUAGAAUUACUGGACGCGUCGAUGUGGAAGAUGUGCUGGAUGCACUAUUUAGUCAAUUUUGUAUAGGAAAAUAGAGCACACAACAUUGUAUA